AUGAGCAUUGCAUCAUCUCCAAAUGGCGUCACAUCAGGCACAAAUUUGAAUACUUCUGAUGCAAAUUCCAGUAACAUUGAAGGUGGUUAUAGUGUGGAUAUAUCACCGGGGAUGACUGAAUAUUGGAUUCCUAAUUGUGAAGAUGGGAGCAAACCUAAGAUUGGUAUGACAUUCAAUACUUUAGACGCUGUUGUAUCCUUUUACAAGAACUAUGCUGCUAAAGUUGACUUUGAUAUAAGGUCUAGUUCUAUUAUGAAGUCUAAGGAUGGAAUGAUUCUAACAAAGUACAUUCUUUAUAGUAGAGAAGGGUAUAAUAAUGUUACCGGUAGUUCUACAUUGAAUAUAGAUGAAGCAUCAAGUUCUUCAAUUACAAAGAGGAGAAGAGUCUCAAAUAGGACAGGUUGCAAAGCCAGAAUUGUGUUCAAAUUCAUAGGAAGUCUUGGUUAUGUUGUUAAAAAAUUUGAGGAAAGACAUAACCACUGUAUGUCAUCAAUCUUAGCAAAACAGUUUCUAAAGGUCAAUAGGAACAUUGAUGUGGGACAUCAAAAGUUCAUUGCAAAUUGUGCACGAGCAAAUAUUGGGCCAACAAAAUCAUUUAACUUGUACAAGGAGAUGGUCGGUGAUUUUUCCAAUGUAGGUGCAACAAAUGUUGACUUUAGGAACUUCAAUAGGGAUAUUAGAGCAUAUAUAAUAGGUGUUGAUGGACAAAUGAUUGUGAAUAAUUUUUUUAAGAAAAAGGAUGUGUGUGAAGCAUUUUAUUUUGCAUAUGACAUUGAUGAAAAUGAGCACUUAUGCAAGCUUUUUUGGGCAGAUCCAAUUUCAAGAAAGAAUUUUGGUUGUUUUGGGGAUGUAGUAUCUUUUGAUGCAACGUAUCAAACUAACAGGUACGACAUGGUUUUUACACCAUUCACCAGGAUUGAUAACCACAAGAAAAGUAUUACAUUUGCAGCUGGAUUGUUAACAAAAGAGGACAUUGCAUCCUAUGUUUGGUUAUUUGAACACUUUAAGAAAGCAAUGGGUGCAGAGCGAAAAGUAAUUGUUACUGAUCAAGAUCUAGCAAUGAGACAAGCAAUUCCAGCAGUAUUUAAUGAAGCUAGGCAUCGUUUUUGCAUGUGGCACAUUAUGUGCAAGGUGGGUGAAAAGGUUGGUUCUGUGCUAAGUAAGAAUGAUAUUUUUAGGAAGAAAUUGAACUCUGCUGUGUGGAGCUCAUACUUAGAACCUCUUGAAUUCGAGAAUGAAUGGAAAUCAAUCAUGGAAGAGUUUGAUUUAGUCAAUAACAACUGUGUUCGAGAAGAUGGUGGCAUACUAUAUUAUGGGAUCAAAGAUGGCAGUGAUAGAAAGUUUGCUGUGGAGCACAAUGUAACGGAAAAGAAAGCUGUUUGUAGUUGCAAGAUAUUUGGAAGAAUUGGAUUGUUGUGUAGCCACACUUUUGUGGUUUUUAAGGAUUUGAACAUUGAUAAAAUCCCUAUGAAAUAUGUGCUGAAUCUAUGGACUAAGGAUGCAUCCUUAAAGCCUAUCUUCCAUAUUGAUGGUCUCACAUUUGAUCAAGAUGUAGGAAUGGAUGAGAGGAAGGUGUUGUUAGCACAAUUGUGGGGUGAUAUGCAGUGUUGUAUUGGUCUAGCAGAAGAAGCAAAAAUUGAUAAAUUGAUUGAAUUUGCACAAGUGAUUAAACAACAAAAAUUGAUAUUGAUGACAGAACAAGCUGACUUAUCCCCUACACAUAGGAAGAAUGCAGUCAUAGAGUCUUAUUGUGAGUCAUCUAAGCCUUCCGAGAUAUCUAUUCUACCACCAAGAAAAGCAAAAAUAAGGGCAGUGGUAAGCGUAUGA